AUGGAGGCCGUCUGUGCGGUUCACGAGCUGUUUAGCAGCUGCCGCGCCGCAGCCUCGCCUCGGGUGUCUGUGCAUGCAGUCGAAGCGCUCGUGAAGCAUCACCUGCUUCAGACGGCCGCUCUCGACGAACAGGAACUCGAGUCCGUUGUGAGACAAGCCUUCCCGGAUGCAGACCCCCGCGGAAAGAUCGAUUUCCUCAGCUUCUGGAAAGGCAUGGAGGCUCUCUUGGCCUCGCUAGGCAUGCAAGACGCGACGGUGGCGGAGGACCGACACCUGCAGGGGUUGCAGUUCUUCCGGGACCGCGUCCUCACCGUGGCGCAAACGCGCGCGCGGGGUCAGGGCGCGGCGCGCGAGGCGAAGUCUCGGGCCGGAGACAGGAGGCGGGCGGAGUCUCUAGCGCCUGUGAGCGCCGUCGUGCUGACCAAGCAGGAGAUCGUGGAAGUUGUGCGAGAGACAGGAAGCCGUCUCAGUCGGUUUCCACACGAGAGAAGAAAGGAAAACCCGGACUUCAAUCGCGAUGAAAUCGGCCAGGAAACAGAGCCAUUCUGGGACCAAGUGUACGCGGAUGCGUCGCGCGUCGACGACGGCGCCGGCGUCUCCAUCGGCGACCUCUCGGCCAUGGUGUUCGAUUUCCUCCAUGCGUAUUUGAACAGCCGACACGAGAGGAGAGGAGACGAGAUAGAGAGCGAAGCAGAAAGUGAGAGAGACAGACGGCGCCAGCGGAACCCUCAGCAGGGGGAAGAAGAGUGGAGACAAGACGCAGGCAGUGGGGCCGCGACACCCUCGGGGCUCACGUCGGGCAGACGAGACGAGAGAGAUCGAGAAGAACAGAAAGCUGAAGACCAACAAGAGGCUGACGAAGAAGAACAGGGCGAUGAGGAACAUGACCAAGAAGAACAUGAUGAUGAGGAACGUGACGAUGCAGAAGAAGGAAAGGGAGGCGUGGGACGGACAGGGAGAGAGGCCAUCAGCGGCGUCAUGCAGUCGCGCUAUGCAAACCGCCACAGGCGAGUGCACACAGAAAUCAGCGAGGGUGAAGAAGAGCCAGCUGGUGAAUACGACCAGUCUGGCGAAUACGAGACUGACAAUCAAGGCGGAGAGAGGUUCGGGUUCUUUUUCCAGUCGCCGCCCCUGCUACCGCGCAGCGACUCUGCGUCUGCUUUUUCCUUGAGGGAAGGGAAAGUGAGAAGUGAAGAUGGCUCCCAUUUUUCUCGGGCGAGAAACGUGUGGGAACGCAGCUCUUCCAUUCCCUCUAUUGUGAUCCAUUCUCGGCCGCGGUCUGCGCCUGUUCACUUGUUGGAAAUGGAGGCGAAUGGAGGUGAGUCUCGUGCGUCUCAUGAAUCGUACGUUUCCUCGUCUUCUGUUCCCCCGUCUUCUCCUUCGCUGUCUUCCUCACCUUAUUCACCUGCAUCUCCUGCCUCAUAUUCCUCGGCUCCCGCUGCCGCCUCGCGUUCUGAGUACUCUUCUGUCUCCUCCCCCUGCGCGACCUCUCACGCGUGUUCUCCCUGUUCUGCCGUUUCCUCUUCUUCCUCUUCUUCUUCCUCCUCUUCCUCCUCCUCUUCCUCCUCUUCUUACUCUUUUUUAGGGCGAAGAUGCUCUGCUCGGCGAGACUGGGGUCACAAUUGCAUCGCGACGUUUUCCCCCCGCUCUCAGCCGGGGAACGGAGACGGCCGAGGACGGGAGGCAGAUGAAGAGAUGGCAUAUAUCCCGGAAACGGAAGAGUUUCGCUCGCCCACGUUUGGUAGAGAGGAGUACCUGAGGGGAGAGAUCGCGCGAGGAAGGGCCAGGCGAAUGCCUGCAGCGACCGAGCUGACGUGCAAAGGGGCCGACUCCGCAGGUUCAGGAGACAGCGAAGAGGCCGGCGUCGGGCGGCAGGUGGAGUCGGAUCCGGACAGGGGAGACACGGACCCGCAAAGGGAAGCAAAGCCUGCUUCUCGCAGACGCGCGGCGCGCUCUCUGCUGACCUCACGCGAUCCAAACUUUCUCGGUGAACCUCCCUGGGACGAGGCACCAGGUGAACAGGAAGAGGACGAGGCAGGCGAAGGUGAGGGAGAAGAGCGAGAAGAAGACGAAGACGAAGGUGGAGAAGAAAGAGUGGACGAGGGAGAGGAAGAGAGAGAAGAAGAGGAAGAAAGAGUGGACGAGGGAGAGGAAGAGAGAGAAGAAGAGGAAGAAAGAGUGGAUGAGGGAGAGGAAGAGAGAGCGGAAGAGAGAGAGGAAGAGGGAGAAGGACAAGACAUAGAGAGGCAAGUACAAGAUGAAGGAGACAGAGAUAUGCAGGAGGACGAAGGGGAAGAAGCCAGCGACAGAGAGGGCGGCGACAACGGCGGCACCAUCGCAUAUGGGCCUUCGUGUUUUCGUCAGCACUUCGAGGAGAGUGCAGACGAGAGUGGAGGGGAAACGGAAGGUAACUCCUGGCGAGCCUUUGCCGCUCGCCUCGACGCAGCGCUCCGCCGGUUGCAGGAGACUUGCGCGGUGCCUCGCGUGGGGGCUACACGGGCGGAGCGCGCUUCUCAGUUGAGGAAAUCGCAGCGAUGCGUCGCCGAGGCUCUCGACGCCUUCGAGGGACUGGAAAGGCAGGCUGUCCAAAACGAAGAGGAUGGAACAGAACUCGAGAACCUCCGAGCACGGCUUCUGUUCUUUCAAGACCAGACGGAAAUGCAGAAGCGACAGCUUCGUGACAAAGAAGACCUCCUUCGAAAAACGACGGAAGAGAGAGACAGCCUCCAAGAGGAAACCGCUUCGCUGCAAAGAUGGUGUACGAAGAAAGUCGAGGAGAUAACUCGCGACACGCAACUGCGCCUCCAGCAGCGCGAGGAGGAACUCCGGACGCUCCAAGGCGAGAAGGCCGCCCUAGAGGAGGAGCUCCGCAGCGCAGCCGAGCGGCAACGACUCUCCCAGGCAGUGACAGCGGCGGCGGAGACUCCCGCGACGGACAUGCGAAGAAUCUCCGAUGCUUCCCAGGACGGAGACAGCGCGAGGGCCUUGCGGGCGCGGCUGCGAGAGCUCCAAGACUUACGCGAUUGUGUGGAACUGGAAGUGGAAGCGAAGGACGCACUCAUUCACCGGCUGCAGAGACAAACUGAGGAGUCCCAACAGAAGAUUCUUGAGCUCGACGUCAAGCUGCGUCAGGCCUCCGGGCUGGUGCUUCAGCUGCGGCGCGUGCGCGACGACCUCUUGAAGGCGCACGAGAAGUGGCGAGCAGAGGCAACGCGCGACCGCGAAAAGUUGGUGAAAGUUUUCCAAGUCGCGGCGUCUCCCCCUUCGAGCACGGGCCGCAGAGAGGGUUCUGCCUCGCCACAAAACGCUCGCAGUCCCACUUCGCUGACCGACGCCGUGAUUUCCAGUGCAGAAGAGCGCAUGACGCUGCUUCAAAAGGACCAAGAAAUCCACAGACUCCGCGACACCCUGGCCUCAGCUCAGGGGCACAUUCGACAACUCGAGCAAUUCAUCGACGGCAUGCGACGCGAGCGCCAAGCGGCCCAUCCAGCGUCGAAACUCGCAGUUGGACCCGACUUUUCGCUUGGUCGGAGAGCAGGCUCUCCUGUCUCUCUCGCCUCCUCUCUCAGCUCCGACCUGUCUCUCAACAGUCGGCAAACUCCGUCUCGUGCUAGGCGGGACGCAGCGCAUGCGCGACGAGGGGGGGCGAGGGAAAAGCCGGAGAACGGAGACAGAGACUCCCCGGACGCGAGGCCUGCGAGCUUGCGGGACGAACUCGCGCAGGGGCCUGCAAACCGAGAGUGGCAGUGUCGCGAGGAACGGAGAGACGAAGAGAGAGAAGACGAAUGCGCAGACAACGGGCGACGAGGGGUCGAGGACGGCCGUUGCCGGAGACGGGUCGGCGCGGAGGGCACACCCAGUGAGCGAGGGCGGUGCGUGGAGACAGUCGGCGAAGGCGACGCGAAGCGAGAAGCGAAUGACGGGAGCGAGGCAAGGAGUUCUCGAGAGACGCCGGCUUCCUCGGGCUCCCUUCCAGAAGCAGAGAGCAAAAUCUAUGCUUUCAAGUCGUGCGACGACGAACUCGGCGACGCUCAACAGCCCAGCGUUUCGUCCAGCAGCACUGCGACUUCUCGAUCGCUUCUGUUUUCUGUGGAGAAAUUUGGAACGGUCGGCGAGUCUUCUCUGCCGUCUCCACCCGGCGAGGAGCCCCGCUUUGCGGGUCCUUCUGGCGCGCUGGACGAGGAGACACGCCCGACGGCGGCGACGCGGCAGCGUCCAACUGGCGAGCCCCGCCGCCUCAGCAUAGACACCUGUAUCAGAAAUCUGUCCGAACAAGUGGAAGAGACGGAGGCCCGAGACAAGACAAGACUCGAGGCAAAGCAGAGGAACGGAGAAGAAGGCUCAGGAGAAGAAGACGACGCAGGAGAAGGAGAAGGUGGAGGAGAUGGGAGAGGAGAGAAGGAAGAGAUAAACGGAGAGGAGAAAGAAGGCAUGAUGGACGCCAGCACUUUGAAAGAAGAUGCACUGACCGUGCCUUCGGCUUCACAGAGCCUUACACAUGAGACGCUCCGGGCGCUAGAACAGGAGGAAGGCGAAGAGGAGUUCGAGAAGCGAAAAAAACGGAAAUCGAGGCCUAGAAGAGAAGGAUGGGACCUCUCGCAAUCCGGCUCCAACUCCAGCUACACGUCGUUCCUUGUGGACGUGAGCGUUGCUGGGUCUGGAGAUGAAGAUUCGGCCUCGCUGCGCCACCGCGCGACCCCGUCGUCGCCGGCCGUCUCUCGCCGUUCCCAAUGGACUCACGGGAGCUGUCACACGCCGCGUCACCGAGAGAAGGCAAGGCGAAGAGAGAAGAAAGUGAUUCGUUCACGCGAAGCCGUUGGCGAACCGGACUCCGCAUCGACAGGAAGACUGCCGCACGCACGCGAAGGGAGCAGAAAGGCCAGCGUGGUGUCCCAAACCUCCAACGUCUCAGGGAAAGACGAACCAGGGGCUCGCGGCGAAGCGCGAGGGAAGGAUGUGCCGUUCCUCGCAGCGAGGCUGAGGCGCAAACUGACAGUGGAAAAGCGAGAAAAGGAGAGGCGAGCGGCAGACGGGGAAGACGAGGGCUCCAGUCCACGGCGCCUGAGCAAAGCACGGCGGCCAGAGGAACUGUCUUUGGACUCCAGUGCUCGGUUGGGCUUAGCCGGGAAAGACGGAAUGCGACCAGAGCGACGCGAGAAAGAGCAAGCAUUUAGUCCAAAGGCGGGACAGGGAGAGGCCGAAGAAAGACAUCGGCGACUGAGGAGUGCAGCAGCGGAGGAAGCAAGCAAAAAGCGGCGCGAAGCAGGCGAGCGCCUGAAGAAGGCGGGCGACCCUGAAGACGACAAAAUCUCGAUGCGAUCGAUGCCGUCCGAGUGGAGAACCGAGCGCCUUGACAGCAACCGGUCGAGCAUGAAGAGUUUCGAGUUUGUCAGUUUUCACUCGCGUCUCUCUUUUCCCAGUCUCCCUGGCCUCGGGACGAGGGCUCCUCCUUUCGCCGCUGGCGCGGCGCGACCGCCUCAUCUGUCUUCCGCGUCGACGGUCUCGGGCACGUCUAGCGGGCGGGGCGAGCGACGAACCCUCGCGCUCCCUCGGUCGCUCGCUUCUCCGUCUUCAUUCCACGGUACAAAUGCAGAAAACAGCCAAGAACGAGAGCAUGCGUCCGCGCUUUCCCGGCAAGACAACUCGCUCGUGCCUGGCAAACCCGCAGAUUUCUUCCUCGACUCUCCACGAGCGAACUCCGCAACCCUCCGACUCUCCCCCGUCGACUCUCGAUCCCUGUCCGGCGACUUUUUAGGUCGGCCUUCUUCCGCUUCAGAGGUUGCUUUCGGGGAUACACAACUCUCUUUCGGGGCUGGCCGAGGAGCCUCCGCGUCGCUUGCCACGGCGCCUGGCCCUCCUCACUCUGCGACUUCUUCUACCUCCGUCGCGUCUUCCUCUCCGCCGCUUUCCCCACCUGCAACCAAGACGACUGCACACUACUUGGCCGAGACCAGGGACGGCGCGGGCGCGUUGCCUGCGGUUUCGGAGCCUGGAGGUCCGCGGGAUUCUUCUCGCGCCUGGCCGUCUCCGUUGCGCGCCAAGUCUCGGCAGGAGCUGUCGUCGAAGGCCGCUGCUCGGUCCGAAACGGAGCCUUGGGGAAAAGGCGGGAUUCCGAUUUCCUCGGCGCCGCAAACGAGCAGCACGUUGGAAGAGGAAGAAGGCGAAGACAGAGAAGCACUGGCAGCACGAGAGACCAGCUUCACUCUGUAUUCUCCUUCGAACUCCGCAGAGGAGCGGCUGUCUCCGUCGCCUUCCUCUCCGGCUUUGGCGAAUCUCGACGGUGACCAUCCCACGCCGCAGCACGAGCGAGGCGACAGGCACGGGGCGAGAACGCGCUCAAGAGGCGUCGACUCCGAGGAGGAACAAAGUGUUGCCGCCUCGCCUGCUUUCGCGUCGGGUCGUCGGAACCUCUCGUUGAAGAGACAGACCCGAGACAAGAAAGAUUUGCGGUCGCCUGGCCAACCGAGGGUUUUACAGCCGCUGGUCCCUGUCGGACUGGUGCGGCGUCCGGCGUCGUCUUCGAGUCGCGCCGCGUCUCUCAAAACGCGGAAGAUGAAGAGAGAAACGGGAAACGAAGAGCGAAAGGAAAACGUGACUGCCGACCUUUCGGCGGAAAAUACAUCCCCAUCGAGCUCCGCCAGUGUGUCGUUCUCGCUGUCUGCAUCUCUCCGCGCUCUGUCCUCUGCGUUUGGGGCCUCACCUGUGGCCGACGUUGAGUCCCCUGAGGGAACAGGUGACGCCAAGGCGAAGACGGAAGUUCCUGGCCGUGGAAAGCGCGCAGUUCUCAGAAACGAGGCAAGGGAGACUGUCGACGGCACGCAGGGACAGAAGCGAGAAAUAGGAAAGCUGCGGUCGAACAGUUCACUUGUGACUGCAGAGAAAGGCGACGCGAGUGUGGCUGGGAAUCCCGGAAGCGAGGAGAAGGCCAGGCGCCUCGUCGGGCUGUUUUCCAGGCAGGGUGCAGGCGGUGAGAAGACGUCUUCCGCGAGUUUUGGAGAAGAAAUGGAAAAGCGGAGAGAAGACGCUGACGACGAAGCUCGAGACGAGCAGGAAAGGCGAAGGGGGCCUCGCUCGUCGGUUGGGGCGUCUGCCUUCGCGCUCCUCUCUUCUGAGCUGCAGAGACAGGACACGGAGGAGAAAGAGAGGAAAGAGAAGGAGCACGGCAGAACGCAGGCAGGAGAGGGAAGGUCUGGGAGGCGCGGGAGUUUGUCCCGAGCCCAAGACGCGGGAGUUCGGAGUUCUCAGGGAAGCGAGGCACGAAACGCACAGACACAAAAGGCGGGAGACCACGAAGCACAGCGCAGACUCCGGCGCACAGUUUCGUCUCUGUCGUCUUUGUCUAACCCUGAGAUUGCGGCUCGGACGUUAGCGAGAGGCCACAGGCUGUUCCUCGGCAGAGCAGAAGAACGAGAGGAAGGCAGGAAAACAGGUGAAGACGACCGCGAAGGAGAGGGGACUGCGAGCGGCAAGAGUGCGCGUUCGCCGGCACGAGAGAGAGAGGAUCGGCAACGACCGGAGUUUUUCUCGAAGCGGAGCAGUUCCCAAGACGAAGGAGGGCCCUCAGUCGCGGUGUCGCGCACCCUGACAAUGACACGCGCGGCAAAUCCUCGGGCGCGGCCGACGAGGGAACCCUCUGAGCGCAAGUCGGAUGGCGCGGCGGAAGGAAAACACCGAGAAAACUCAACGCGCAAGCGUUCGUCUGCCUCUUCGUCAACGCGUCACUCCUCGUUUGCCUCGUCGCUUCCUUCUUCUCUCUACUCGUCCUUGUGGGGGAAUCUUGGAGAAGGGACCGACGUGAAGGAAAAGGUCACUGAACGCGUGGCGGCGCUGGAGGGCGGCGCAUUUGAAGCUGGCAAGAGCAGCUUUUUCUUCGCGGAAACAACUGCGGAGAAGCGUGCCGACUCGUCCACGGCAAAAACACGUCAGGCGCACGCGUCCCUACCUGUCUCUUCUUCUCUUCCUCUCAGGCGUCUUGCCCUCGACAAAGAAGAGAACCUUUUCUCGCCCUCCACUGCCGCGCCGUCCUGA